AAGAGCUUGCGCCGCCUCCCGCCCUCCCGCUCCCUCCCCGGGCCGCGCCAUGGACUCGAUGCCGGGGGAAGACCCCACCUUGCCGCUGGAGCUGAACAGCAGCGUCGAUGUUUCCCGGCUUCCAGAUGUCUCGGGAGAUGAGAUUCGCAAUCGAGUGGGAGGUGGUGGAGUAUUACCUGAGGUGGCAGAAGACACCGUUUCACCAACCAGAGCGCGGACCAUGAAGGAUUUUGAAAACCAAAUCACUGAGCUGCGGAAAGAGAACUUCAACUUGAAGCUGCGAAUCUAUUUCUUGGAAGACCGUAUGCAGCAGAAGUUUGAUGGGCCGAACGACGACGUCUACCGGAUUAACAUUGAGCUCAAAGUUGAACUGGAGAGCGUAAAGCGAGACCUGCAGGAGCGAGAGCAGCUGCUCAGGAAGGCGUCGAAAGCGGUCGAAAGCCUGGCCCAGGGUGGUGACGCCGAGAUCCAGCGCCUGAAGGAAGAGGCGCAGAAGAAAGUCCAGGAGGUGGAAGCGAGCUUGACCGGCAGGAUCCGACUGUUAGAGGAGGAUCUUAGAACAGCCCAGGAAGAAGCAGAGAAGGCGCUUGCUCUGACGGAGAGGGAGCAAGUCCAGAGGUUGGCCGCUGAGCAGCAGCUCUCCUUGAUCAUCGCUGCCCAGCCCAAGGAUCUAGAUGUCCCGGCAGUGCUGGAAGAAAAGGACAGGUGCAUAGAGCAACUGAGGCUCUCUUUGGAAAGGAGAAACGCUGCAAUCCAGCACUUGGAGGAUGCCCAGAGAAGAACAUCAGAAGAAAGCCAAGACCCCACGGCUGCGCUGAAUGAUGAAAAGGAGAAGGCCUUCAGGCAUCUCCAGGAGGAUCUUCAUGAACGGGAAACGGAGCUUUCUGCGGAAAAGAGAAACGCUCUGAAACGAGACAAAACUAUCCAGGGAUUAACCCUUGCUCUAAAAACCAAGGAAAACGAGAAUGAAGAGCUCUCUUCUGAAAUAGAAAGUCUGAAAGCACGGUUGGCCAAGGCUAGGGAGACCAGCCACAAAGCUCAGAUGCAGAAUUUAAAGGGCGCCGAAGAUUCUCAGGAGAUGUUGUUUGAGAAAGAGAGCCUCCUGGCAGACUUGCGUUCGCAGAACCUGACCAAGGACACGGAGAACAGGAAACUCCAGCGGAAGGUGAAGAGGAUCGAACAAGAGCUGGGCGAGCUGCUUCUUGAGAAGGAGAAGCUGGUGGGAGAACUAGAGGAAGCUCAGCUGCAGAAAAGCAGGAGCGACAAAACCAUCAACGACCUUCGAAACCAGUUGGAAAAAACCCACAAUGAGAUGGCUGAGAAAGAAAAGGCGAUUGAGCAUCAUUAUGAGGUCCUCUUGAGCGAAGGGGAUCGGAAGUUGCAGAACCAGGAACUGGUCAUCGUGCGCCUGACAGACAGCGUUGCUCAGAAAGAUGAGCUUCUCCAGACCCUUGAUGGGGUCGUUAAGGAAAAAGAUCUGGCGCUGCAGGAAUGGUCCGCUGAGUUUCAAAGCUUGGCAAAAGAUAAAGAGAGUCUCCAGAGGCAGAAUGAAAUCUUGAUUGAAGAAAAGUGCGCAGUCCAGUCUGAGCAGCUGGUGACCAAAACGAUGAAUGAACUGGAGAGAACAAAGGAAUCCGAAUAUGCAGGUAUGCUCGAAGCACUUCGAAAAGAGCAUGAUGUGUUUUCAACUCUGAUCAAGUCCCUGAAGGAUGCAAAUGGCAUAAACAACCUGCAGGGGGAGCUGAACACCAUCUUUGCCUUGCGCCAGCGGCUUGAAGAGGGCAUCCUGGAGAACUGGAAUUUGCGGAAAGCGUUGGAAGAGCAAGUCCGGGAGAACAGGAAAGGAGAAGAAACCCCUUUAUCUUGGACCAAUCAGACGUCCUACAUGAGCAUUUGUCUAAGAGACCAGGAUCAUCGGUGGGACUUUCAGGUAGACCAGCUGUCUCUGGAGGAGCUUAAAAAGAAGUUUCUUGAACUCCUCGUGGUGGUGAAGGACAUGCAUUGGGUAAUCCAAGAACUGAAAAAGAAGCCACUUGAUUUCUCCAUGUCGGAUCCUUCAGGAAAUGAAAAACAGAAAUCGUUCAACACAAGCGAGCUUCUUGAAAGGACAGAAGAAAGCCAGACUCUGACGGGUGCUUUUGAUGAAGAGGCAAGCGCACCGAGCUGUGACUGUCCUGAGAUGUUGAGUGAGAUAAUUCCUUUAGACUCAUUGGAUCCACCACAUAAGAAUCUGAAUCAGCCCGAGUUUGAACCUGAGCCGGUGGCUGGCAAGUACUUUGGCGGGAGCCCAGCGGCCAGUAAAUGUGAUGCUCAGGAAAAGACUUCGCUCGUGUGUCUUUUAAAUGAAAAUGGAGCGGCAGAAUUUGGAUCUCGCAGACAAGAACAGAUGAAAAUUGCAAAUAAGCCGUCAGAUCCUCAGAAGACAGCCGAGCGAGACGGUUUAACUGAUGAUCUGGAGAAUAAAGAUGAGGAAGAUCUUAAGCAGCUGAUUAUUCAGCUGAGAGCUGAACUCAGGCAGCUUACGCAAGCCAACACCUCGCUGGAGCCGCGAGGUGAACCGCAUCCUACGCUGAGCCGAAAUGAAGGGCUCGGUCCCAAAGCCGUGCCAGAGUUGAAUGUGGAGAUUGAAUUGUUGAAAGUGGACGCGAAGGAUGCGGCCACCCAAACGACAGCGGUGCUGGAUGACAUCACGAGGCCGAAGCACGAAGGCGAAAGAACGGCAGUCUCCGAAGAUGGAGUGACCAUCUUUGACAAAGCUUGCUGGCAAAGGAACGCCUCUGCCCAGAGCAAGCUCCAGAAGUCUCUCCUUCAGAUGAGCAGAGCAAACAAAAGCGACUCUUGCUAUCCAGCCAAGAAAUCCCGCUUACCUAUUUUACUGAAACCUUCAAGAUCCCUGGGAAGCAUCUCCGUAGGUACCACCCUGCCCAGACCAGAUCUGCAUCUUCCACGUUGCAUCUUCACCCUGGACGAAGGCCUGAAGGGAAGGCCAUUUAGCGAAGAAUCCCAGCAGAGUGAGGCUGAGAGUGAUGGGUCCAGUCAGAAGGAGGUAUCAGAAGACGACAAACCAGCAGAAGUGUCAGCAAUCAAGCCAGGGGUCCCUGAAGCAGAAGAUAGAUUGCUCAGUAUCCAAAGCACCGGCCAAAAAGACAAAGCAGAGCAGAGCAUCAGCGAAGGGACCCAAUUAGAAACCGAAGGGAACACCUCUGAGUCAAACCAGUCUGCUUUGCAGGAGCUCAGUCACCCAUCCGAUUCCUCCGAGAAGCAGCCUGGGGGCGUGAAGACCCCAUCCUUGGAUAGCAAGAGUGUGUUUUCUCUUAAGCCGAGCACGAUAAGCAUCGAUGGGUUCGACUGCGAAGCGGCGGACAACGUUGAGGAGCUGAGGCAAAGGAUCAAGGAUCUGAGGUCCGAAGUGGCGAAGUACCAAAUGCUGCUGAUCCAGUUUGACCUGGCUGAACAGCUUCCCCCCACUAUUCUUUUGGGCCACGAUGGGGAGAGUCCCUCCCCUGCAGGGCUUAAAGGAAGUGGCCCCAAGUUGCCAGCCUACUCUGACGUAUUGCAGCUGAGGGAGCACGCUGAGGAUCCUGCAGCUCCCGGAUCUGGACUCUCAGAUGAACAAGCCCUACACAGGCUCAAGGAGCUGUUGCUGGAAAAUGAGGCAGAGCUCGAGAAAGAGCAGAUGGCCAACAUGCGGCUCCUCGAUGAGGUCUAUCGCCUGCACAGCAAGCUGAAAAGCGUGUCCCGGGCCGAGCAAGAUUUCUCCAUCUGCCCAUUGGCGCAUGAACAGUCCCGCCAGCGAAUCCACGAGAGCCACAGCAUUUGUGCCACCUACCGCCAACACCUGUCCAACCUGAUCCGAGCUUUUGAGGAGCUCCUGCGGGACAGCGAAGUGGAUUAUUAUGUGGCCGAGAGCUUUCGGGAGCAGCUCAACCAGAGCGCCCAGCUGUUUGAGAGGCUGGAGCACCAGUGUCUCUAUGGAGAGUCAGCAGAUGAUGAAAUGACAAAACUUUGCAACCUUGCACAGAGCUUGUCUGGCUUUGAGAUAGCCCAACAGCUGUCCUCUUUAGAAGUGCCCACUCAGAGAAAAGAAGAAGCGGAGAGUGGCAAGGGGAAACCAACUGCCACCCCAACCAAGUUUCCCCCAGAGCUGCUGAUGGAGCAUCUCCAAGAAAUACGCCUGCUGAGGCACCGGCUAGAAGAAUCCAUCAAAACCAACAACCAGCUGAGAAAGCAGCUUGAGCAACAGAUCUCGGAUCCUGUCCCAGACCAAGAUGUACUGACCGCUUGCAUCCGUGGCUCAGAGCAGCUUAAUUCCCUGACUCCUGAAAUUCAUUUCCUGAGGAAGCAGAACCAGGUUUUGAAUGCAAUGCUGGUAAAAGGAUCCCAAGAAGGACUUGAGAUCCAUCUUGCAGAGAAGCAAAAGGAAAAUGAAAUGCUGCGAGAAUCCCUGUCUCAGAAGCACCUGGCCAUUGAGUGCCUUCAGAAAGACCAUGAGCAUCUCAAGAAGGACAACGAGAAGUUGCGGGAACAAGUGGGAAAGCGAGAGGUUGAAAAUGAGGGUCUGACCCAUGAAAUUUACAAUGUCAGGAAUGAACUGAACAGGUUGCAGAUGGAACUGUCCACCAAAGAGCAUCAGCUGUCAGAGAGUGACAAAUUGUUGUGCUCGCUGCGAGUGGAACUCAAGGUGUACGAAAAGUUAGACGAAGCUCUCCAGAAUGAAAAAGAACGCAGCCAGAACAGAGCAGAUGAAUGUUGGAAAGAUCAGAAUCCGCUCCUUGACUUGAGGGAACUGUUGGCGGAAAUACAGAACCUGAGGACGCAGCUUGAGCACAGCAUCAAGGCAAACCAGAUGUUGCAUGAAAAGGUCGAAGAACAGCUGCGCAGAGGAAAGGCGGAGAAGAGCUGCUCAGGGCCUGCCAUGCAGAUCAGCUACCUUUUCAGUCGGGAGUCACACCACCAGACCGGGCUCAACGAGUUAAGUUGCAGCACCUUGGACAGUUCCUCCCAUUGCAGCUUGUUUGCCAGUAAGACCCAUGAGAUUUGCCCCAUCCCCAGUCACUGCGUGUGGGCAGACAAAAACGGCCAACAUAUUCUUGGCUUGAUCGAAGAUUACAACUGUCUACGGAAGCAGGUCACAGAAGGGCUGAAGUGGUUGUCUGACCUGGAGCUUCCUCUGAAAGAGGCAGCAGCUCUGGAUUCUGCAGUGACAGCCCCUCUGAGCAGCUUGUCUGCCACCUUCAGGGCUGUCCAGCAGAACUUGGAGGAAGCUGCCCGCCUGUUGAACCUCCUCUGGAGAGUCUCCCUGCCGAUGAAAGUGGUCCAUGCUGCUGCUUACUCACUUCAGGAUGAAAACCUGAAGUCUGAACUCUACAGGCUCCGUCGGAAACUGGCCGAACAGGAGAAGCAGCUGCACAGCAUGGCCAAGCGCCUGUACUCCACCAACCGGCUAAAAGAAAACAUGGAGAGGGUCAUCAUCAAUCAGUUGGCGUUAACACACGAUGUUUUAAAAAAAGCCAGAGGAAAUCUUGAAGUCCAGCCGCCUGAAAACAAGGUCAUCCCUCCCAGCCUCAUCAAGAAAAGGGUUUAGUGAAGGCUCCAGUCCCCACAAUAAAGGCCAUUUUUCCUUUGCUGAGCCGAAGCUUGUGACUACUUCUUUACAUCCACAGCCUUAAGAUUUCUCUCACUUCCACCCUGUCACUCCAGUGUUUUCCAACCCGAUGCCUUUGGGACGCCCAGACUGUAACGUCUGUCUUCACCGGCCCUGAGGCUGGGAAGCGGUACCAUUUUCCUCUCCGGCUUCCUCUGGCUGGGCCAGCCUCGGCACGGGGAAGAAGAAGUGGCAGGCUGGUUUCGUUCUGUUAAAGGGGGGUGCUGUGUGUGUUAACGGCAGGGAUCACAGGGCAGAAGCCCGAUCGGCUGCCAGUGCGACGAAAUGGCAACAAAGGCUGAGUUAAUUGAGUUUUGGCUGAGUUUUUGGAGUGCGGGAAGCUUGCAAGGGUGUGCGUGCGUGCAUGCACACACCCAGAAUAAAAAGCAUUGUGAUUAUUUGCUUGAAGGCCUUGGCUGAAAGCUACCUGAUGCAGCUUGCCGGAUUUUAAUCUAGAUCAUCCCAGCCACCCAAGACACCACCAUGAAAUGAAAACGAAAUCGAGACAUUUGUUUGCAGAGCAACAGCAAGUUGCUCUAACACCUCCCCCCCCCACCUUAAUGGCAGAAUCCUGCAUCUUUCCUUGGAAGCCCAGGUGAAGGGGUAGAGCCAUUUCAGCUGCAAGAAUUGGCUGGUUUACUCCUGACCACAUUUGGAAAGGUCACCUGUUGAGUGAGGAGGAAGGGAGAUGUUUGUUUCUGGCAUCCCUUUCAGGUGGCAGCAUCCCUGCUGACCUCAGUGGAUUGUGGGUAGGGCUUUUCCUCCCCUAAACUGCAUAGGAUACUCUGCUCCCCACUUUCUGGGCAGAGCAACUGCAUUCAGAUUGCUGCUCCCCAUCUUCUCCUUGGACAGUGUGCAACUUUACCAAGUUUCCCAUGGACUGGAAAAAUAGGCACAAGGAUGAGGAGACAUCCUUCUUUAGAUGUCCUCCUUCCCAAACUGGAGAGCAGAUUCCAGUUGGGUUUUAAGAUGUUGUCCUUUGAAAAGGCACAGAGCACCCCCUCCCAUC